ACCCAUGCCAACAUGGCGGGUGAAGCCCUUGUCUGGGCUGAUAUACGAAAAAACAUCGAAGUUUUGCAACUGAUCAUCAGUCUGAAGGAACAAAAGGACAAUGGUGAAGCAGGGGCAAUUUCUCGAAAGCCAGCGAAUACAGAAAUUACGGUACAUCGGAGUAAUGUUCUAGUCAAACGCGGAGAAGUCCCAGCUCAAAAACACGUGAAAGAAAGCCAAGCAAAGAAGGACACAUGCGUUUCAUUUCAAGAAAUCACUGUUGAUCCCAUGUCAUGUCAAGGUCUUUCAAUCUUACAAGAGAGAGAACUACAAAUGAGACUACACAUAAACAACUCACUAAAUCUAUCUUCAUAUGAUGCAAGUGGAAGUUCAGUUCUUUCACAAGAGAGAAAAAAACUACAACAAAACCCUGUGAAAAUGUUGUGCAAGAUGUGUGGCAAUAAAAUAAUUGAAGAAAGAAAGUUUGAAAGAGUCUUGGAAUUACCAUCAGAACACUGGCAACAGACGUCUCGAAAUCUCUGUUGUCAUGGCAAUGUCAGUAAUCUGUCAUCACUGCAAGAAGCAUCAUUUAACCCAUCAGCUGAGGAUUGCUUUCUUGGUAGUUAUUUUAUCAUGGUUAAUGCAGAUGUUGUAGAGGCAACACAUCUUACUAUUACUCAGGGAGAGAUGGUGAUAAAGUGUCAUCGAUGUAGCCGACCAGUUGGUGAUAUAGUGAUGAGAGCUGACAGCACAGGAGAGACACAAGUUAGAGGAAUAAGAAUUUACAAACAUGCAAUAACAACUUAUAAAGAUGACGUUUUUAGAAAUUACACAGCAGAAGUUUACUUAUCAAAAAUUAUACAGGCAAAACUCCAAGGGAGAGCAAACUUUAAAUUUCUCAUUAGAGGAGAAUCAUCGACUGGAGACACUACAGCCUACGCACUGCUAUGGAUCUUGAAUCCAGAUUCAGCUGUUUUGACAAAUGUACCGACAUUAAAAUCAAAACACAUGGGAUUUUCACAUGGACAUAAGUACCUUCAAAACAGUACAGACUCAACCAAAGCUAAUAUAUUCCAUGGGAUGAAAGUACUCUAUAAGACACUUAUCAAAAGCAAGAAUAAAGACCUGAAAAAGACAGCAGGAAAAGAAGUGAUUACAUUACCAUGUGAGAUGUGCAUCCAGUUAGUAAUUAUUCUUACAGCAAGCACUUACUCAAUACCGCCCACACUCAGACAAAUGGAGGGAUUCAUGGUUGGCUACUUGAUGUCCUGACAGACCAAGGCAUGUGAAAAGACAAUUUGGAUAUUAGAAAGAAAGAAAUUCCUCAGUGAAAAAAAUUAUUAGAUCACUAAAUGACUGUAAGAGGUUGAAUGGAGUUUUAUCUAGUUAAAACAAGAAAAUUGGACAAUAAACACAUUAAUUUGGCCAUA